AGUGGGCCAGAGGCAUGCCGGGAGUGGUAGUUCUUAGUGGUUUCUCCCGGUGGUGCUGCUGCUCGUGGCCUUUUGGGGGGCUCUUGGCGGAGGUGGUCCACACUCCGCUGAGAGAGAGCGCCUGUGGCCGAGACCCUCGGGACUGCAAGUGCUAACCCGUGGCGGGAGCCACCGCCUGUGCAGUACAUACCUUGUAAGCACUCAACUCCCCUUUGACAGGAAGAUUGAGAAGGAGGAAUGGCUGUGGAUUUGCUGCCCACCCGGGGGACAGAGCCGUUGAAGUUUGGGGAUGUAGCUGUGUUCUUCAGCCAGGAUGAGUGGUUGCACCUGGACUCUGCCCAGAGAACCUUGUACCGGGAAGUGAUGCUGGAGAACUAUAGCAACCUGGCCUCGCUGGGGAUUGAAGCUUCAAUCCCUCAAGUGAUUGGCCAGCUUCAGCAAGGAGAGGAUCCCUGCAUGGAAAGAGAAGACCCUGCAGAUACCUGUGUAGAUUUCCAGAUUUGGCCUGAGAUAGAAGCAUUACCUCGCAAACAUGAUGUUCUUUCUGAAGAAACACCUCAUGAUAUAAUAAAGAAAGAAUCCACUAAGUAUGUUCACUGGAACAUCAGCUUGGAAGAAGCUGAGAAAUCUGAGAGCAAAAUGGCACAGGAGCAGGAAAAGAAAGCUCUUGAUCGGGGGGCAGCUUCCCCUGAGGAAACCAUCAGUGGAGAGGGAAAUCCCACAGGUCCUGAAGGAGGGAAAGCCUCACUUAUAAAUACAUUCUCACAACAGAAUAUUCCCUCAGAAAGGGUACCUGAUAUGUAUUACACUUUUGGGAAAGAUUUGACACAGGAUUUUGAUUUAGUGAGCUUACAGAUUUACCCAGGACAAAAACCUCAUGUCUGUAACGAAUGUGGGAAGGGCUUCAGCCAGAGUCUUCAACUUCUUGAGCACCAGAGGAUUCACACUGGGGAGAAACCUUACAAGUGUAAUGAGUGUGAGAAAUGCUUCAGCCAUAGAUCUUCCCUCCUGGCCCACCAGAGAAUACACACUGGAGAGAAGCCAUACAAAUGUAGCGAGUGUGAGAAAGCAUUCAGCAGCAGCUCCACCCUCAUCAAACACCUGAGGGUGCACACUGGAGAGAAGCCUUACCGCUGCAGGGAGUGUGGGAAGGCCUUCAGCCAGUGUUCAACCCUCACUGUGCACCAGAGGAUUCAUACGGGGGAAAAGCUCUAUAAAUGUGGUGAAUGUGACAAGGCCUUCAACUGCAGAGCAAAGCUACAUAGACAUCAAAGAAUCCACACAGGUGAGAAGCCCUAUAAAUGUGGUGAAUGUGGAAAAGGCUACAGCCAAUUUCCAUCCCUAGCCGAGCAUCAGAGGCUCCAUACUGGAGAACAACUCUGUCAGUGCUUGCAGUGUGGGAGAACUUUUACACGUGUCUCCACCCUCAUUGAACAUCAGAGAAUUCAUACUGGACAGAAACCAUAUCAAUGCAAUGAAUGUGGAAAGACUUUCAACCAGUAUUCAUCCUUCAAUGAACAUCGGAAAAUUCAUACUGGAGAAAAACUUUACACAUGUGAAGAAUGUGGGAAAGCCUUUGGUUGUAAAUCCAACCUUUAUAGGCAUCAGAGGAUCCAUACUGGAGAGAAACCCUAUCAGUGUAACCAGUGUGGAAAGGCCUUCAGCCAGUACUCAUUUCUAACUGAACACGAGCGAAUCCAUACUGGAGAGAAACUCUAUAAGUGUAUGGAAUGUGGAAAAGCAUAUAGUUACAGGUCAAACCUUUGUAGACACAAGAAAGUCCACCUUAAAGAAAAGCUCUAUAAAUGGAAGGAAUACGGGACACCGUUUAUCUAUGGCUCAUCCCUUACUCCAUAUCAGAGAUUUCUGAGAGGAGAAAAGCCUGUGGACUUUAAUUCAUCCCUCUAAUAAUCCAAGACUUCUCAUUGGACAACAAUCAGAAGAGUAGUAACUGGAGUGCAAAAUCGAAGUAGAUUUCCUUUUUUUACUUCUGCAGGAAAUAGCUCGAUACCACAGUCAUGGGCAGCUGAGCAGUGACAGCAUGAAGCAUGCUGAUGGCAGAAUUUUGAGAACAGUAAAAAAAAAUCAAGAUUUCUUAAUUUUUUAAAACUCAUAGAUAAAAUAUGAAAGGCCUCACUUUUUACAGAAAGCAUAAAUGAUAGCUGAGUAUAAGCUUUGUUCCAGAUAGUCCCUAGCUUAGUUAAUAAUAUGAACAACUUUGGGGCCUCAUUCCCUAAAGUGGUGAGCCUUCAUAGGGAAGGCCCCUUUUCAUAAAGAGCCACUGACGAGAAAGAGGAGCUCUUUAACUUUUUGCAAUUUAACUCUGCAUGGAAAUAAUAAAGCUCUUUAUGAGUUGCCCCAUAUGCAACAUAUUUAUUUCUUUGUAUCUGUAUGUAUACAUACAGCUUUUAUGUAUAUGCAGUCAUGUGUCCCCUUAUAGUGAGGACACAUUUUGAAAAGUGCUUCAUUAGGCAGUUUCAUCUUUAUACAAAUAGACAUUGCACUUGCACAACCCUAGUCAGUCAGUCAAUGUGACCUCUUGAGGUGAUCAGCACACCAUACUUUAAAAAAAAAUUAUGUGUGUUAAUGUUUUGCCUGCAUGUAUGUAAGGGUACCACAAGCAUGCACUGCCCAUGGAGGCCAGAAGAGGGCAUUGGAUUUCCUGGAAUUGGAGUAAUAGAU